AGUCCUGCAACGUGUUUCCCGGGAUUUUAUUUUUGCGGCUUCGGUGGGCCAUGAGGGGAUGGUACGGCACAGUACAACUAGGCGAUAUUGGUCAAGUUCAAGAUCAUCUUCUUCCUCAUUAAACGUGUUUUGGACUUUUCUGAGACGGAAUGCUUCUUCCAUGUACAAUCCAAGAAAUGAAAGCGAUCGAGAUCGGAAGUAGGACCGCGGCUUCCGUUUUCUCCUUUCUCUCUCAUCUCAGGCGUAUCCCACAAGAUAUUCAAUUUCAAAGUCCGCGUGACCCAAUCCUACGCAAAUCUUCUUCUUCUUCUUCUUCUUCUUCUUAUUUAAGUAGCUCUUUGGUUCGGUUUAUAGUAUCUUUAUCAAUGCUUGCUGCUGCCAUUUCUAAGAACAGAUGUUGCGAUUCCUUUCUCGUCCCUCUUCUUCUUCUUCUUUCCAUUUGAUCAAGUCUAGAAAUGCCAAUGUUACUGCAAAUCAAAUCUUAUGCGGGUCAUCUUUCGCAAUAAACUCAUCUCUUGAUGCUAUAAAAGGUGUGAAGGUGAGAAUGAUGAGUCCAUUAAUCAAUUAUGUGAGAGCUAGAGGUAUUUCAAUUCCAGUGAGGACACCACCAUUGUUGAUGGAGAAUGUGAAAACUGUCCAAAAUAAUGAUGCACCACCGGUUCAGCUACUCUAUGGAUCCAAUGAUGGCCAUGGAGGUGUUAUUGUAGAUUUGAAGGACCCUAUGGACUCUCAUCUUUUUGUUGCUUCUCUUAGGGCUUCACUGUCACAAUGGAAGCGACAGGGGAAGAAGGGUAUUUGGAUUAAAAUACCUAUUGAACUUGCAAAUCUUGUUGAAGCUGCCGUGAAGGAGGGAUUUAGGUUCCACCAUGCUGAGCCAAAAUACUUAAUGCUGGCUCAUUGGUUACCUGAAACUCCUAAUACUCUUCCUGCAAAUGUUACACACCAAGUAGGUGUUGGUGCUUUUGUGAUGAAUGACAAAAAAGAGGUGUUGGUAGUUCAAGAAAGGAUUGGAAAGUUACAAGGCAUAGGUCUAUGGAAGUUCCCAACUGGAGUGAUUAAUGAAGGUGAGGAUAUUUGUGUGGGUGCAGUAAGGGAAGUCAAAGAAGAGACUGGAAUUGACACAGAAUUUGUGGAAGUGUUAGCAUUCAGUGAAAGCACCAAAACAUUUUUUGAGAAGUCAGAUUUAUUCUUCUUUUGUAUGUUGCGUCCGCGCUCCUUUGAAAUCCAGAUGCAAGAGUUGGAGAUUGAAGCAGCCCAGUGGAUGCCACUUGAGGAAUAUGCUGCCCAACCUUUCAUCCAAGAACAUAUACUUCUCAAGUAUGGAGUUAAUAUCUGCUUCGCAAAGAUAGUCAAGGGGUAUGGCGGAUUUUCUGGUGUGCCCAUUAGAUCAAGCUUUUCUACUAAAUCAAGCUCCUUGUACUUGAACAGCACUUACCUGAACCAGUCUUCUCUGCAUUCUGGAAAAGAUUUCUAAAAUAUAUUUUGUCCAAUGAAAAAUUCUUUUUCAUUCCUUUCAAUUUGUUAUUAUUGAUUCCUUGUGUAAACUGCUCUUUGCUGCUAAUGGAAAAUGAGCUAUUCUUUGAUUUCUUC